AUGAGCCACGAAGAGCUCUUGGCACACCAGCUCGACCUGCACCACAAGAUCCAGCAGCAAAUGCAGAUGCAGAUGGAGAUGAGCAUGCAACUGGGCGCGCGCCAGUCGCUGGCCAAGGUCGAGCCAGACCUCGGGGACAAUGUCUUUGACAUGCUGGACGACCUGAUUAUGAUUCCGUCCGGCGCCAUUGCGUCGACUGAGCGCGGCUCGCUGUCGAAAAAAGCUGGGGGAGGUGGCAGUGGUGACGAGGACGACGAGGACGGAGCAAUGGGUGCGGAUCCGGACGCCAGUGACAAGCGCAUGUCCAGCUCAAUGGGCUCGGGCAGUGUCAGUAGCAGUCGCGACAGUCUCGCAGAUAUCCUCGAGUCGCUGGACAUGGACCUGGAUGUUGACGACGACCGGGACCGGGAUGAUGAUAACGACGAUACGCUCUCGUGUGGCAGUGGACGCUCGAAAACUUCGGGUGGGGGAGGGAGCAGCGGGACGCUGGAUGAAGCGGACCUGGAUGACCUUCGCCAUGAACUGGACAACCUUGACCUGGACUCAGAUGUACACUAUGGCUCGGAUCAGGGCGGCUCGAUGAUGGACAAGGGGGACGAGAUGAAUGAACGGGCCCCACCGGCUGCUGAAGAAGAGUUUGUGCACUUGCGCCGCUCGUCGCUGGAUUUGCUGGCGUCAAUGAGAAGCAGUACAGCAGGUAUGAUGACGCACAAUGCAACGGGCAAUAUGUGUACGUUGGUAUGGGAAGGAGGAUUGCUCGGCCUGCGGCUGCGGCAUUCGCAGUCGCAAUUGGUGCCGGCUGUGUCCAAGAUUAUGGGAAAGAGCUCGAUUUUCGGCAUCCAUCUUGUCGAUGUGGGCGACUUGUUGUUGCAAAUCGGACAUCGAAACACGCAAGAGAUGGAAUUCGACGAAGCGAUCCAGUACUUGAAAGAGGUUGCGAAACCAUGUCAACUUGUUUUCCGACGGUUAAUGGCUGACCCGAUGGCAGUGAAGCCAGUGCAACCGAAGGUGACGAGUACGAUUGGCUUGAAGCUUGCCGCCAAGUUUGAAGAACUGACGGCAGCAGAGAAUGAAAAGUACCCACCGCAACCAGCUGUCAAGCUCGAGUCCAAGUACGAGAUCAAGUGGCUUGAUGGACCGCUUGGGAUUAGUCUGAUUGCAAGUAAAGACAUACCAUACCCUCUUGUGACGCGCAUUACGGGAAAGAACCGCUCGCCACAGGUCCAGGACGUUCAGCCAGGGCACUAUCUGGUACAGAUUGGCAAUUACAGCACCACAGAUGGAAAUUUUAACACAGCGAUCAAGUUCUUGCAAAAGGUGCAAAAGCCAGUGUCGCUAUUUUUUUGCCCGGGCAACAAGAAGGUGUCGUCUCGACCGGACCCUGCCGAUGAUGAGUAUGACCACAUUUGGGAAAAGAAGCAGCCACUAUGCUUUACUGUUCGACCGAGUGCUGCCGGUCACAUGGUUGUAGCAGACCUGGGCAGUGCUAAAUCCAUCAAGGUGAAGAUUAAGGGUGCACCGAAUAAUGUGGCAGCGUUUGUGAGCUCAGGCGACCGCAUUGUGUGGAUUAAUGACGAAAGCGUGAGAGACCUGACAUUCCACGAAUCUUUGCUCAAGCUACGCACAGCCAAGCGUCCAUUAGUCAUUCGGUUCAAGAAGGGCUCUCCCGAAAACGCGAUCGCUGGUUUGACGUCCGCCAGCAUACAUUCCGCGUCCAAGUUCACAGCUUCGACUUCGUCACUGGCAUCCUCUUCAACGUCUGUAUCUUCAUCGAUAUCUUCCGCCUCGUCGUCGGUGUCUCUUUCUUCGACUUUGUCGUCUACGGCGAGAGAAAGUGAAACGCCUGCGGCCGAGACAUCGCCUCCCAAGGCUGUGCAGCCACCAGCAGUUCCGCCUCCUCCGCGAAGCUUCAUGAAUCCGCUCAAAAAGAUGAGCAUAGCCCUCGGCAGUCACUCUAAAGAGAACGCUCAUACUGUUUCCAGCGCGAAAAUGGCGAACGAGCACAGGAAGUACCAGGAUAGGCAGGCACAUCCACCGCCAUCGCAGCAAGUGCAGCAUCAACAGCAGCAGGUGCAGCAUCAACAACAUCAGCAGGUGCAGCGUCAACAUCAGCAGGUGCAGCAUCAACAGCAUUCAUCACAGCUGCAUCCGCAUGCAGCACCGGAAGUUUCUCAAAGCAGGUAUCGAGGCCACGCUGAUCAGGAAGCAAAACGAUCAGCUCAUGACGUGAGACAGCCGAAUGCGUCAUCAUGUAAUGCACCGCGAAUCUCGCCACAUGGUUCAAGAGGAGGAGGAGGAUACCACACGACUGGGCCUGAUGUACCCGCGACCAAGGACCCGUCUCCUCGGUCGACGCCUGGUCUAGACCACACUAGUGGAAUCCGAAACGACACGCACCAACGCACCGCAGAUACACACAAUAAAGCGCGCAACUUGGAGCAGGGACUGCGCAAGUCGCCACUGGCAAAGUCUUCUAACGAUCCGAUUGAUAACGACACGCCAUUGAAACCGCUUUCGCAGGGCGAUCAUCAUCCCGGUUCCUUGCUUCAUGUACUUAGCAGUGAAGCCAGCAGUUCAAUGGAAAAGGAAUUGGCGAUGGAUAACGACGUGUACGAGGUCGUGUGGCCUGAGGGCACGGCUCUCGGUUUGACGCUGCGAGUGCAUCCGACGACAAGAUUCCCUGUGGUGGCUCGCGUGACUGGCACGAGCAAUCUCAAGAACAUCGAGCAUGUAUCACCUGGAGACAUUUUGUUUGCAGCCAACAAUAUGAACAUCGUACCGCAGCCGAAGUUUAAGCAGACACUAGAGAACUUGUCGCGCUUGCCGAAGCCAGCAGUUUUGCGCUUUCGGCGUUCAUCCGCUGCGGCAUAUGCGGCAGUACGAGCGGAGGAGACGGAUCAAACACUGUUGCGUGGCCCGCCAUUGAAGGACCGCGAGUAUGAGCUCAUUUGGCGAGAGAAUGCCAAUCUCGGGCUUGUGUUUAGUUCGGAUGCCGAUGUCCCCAAGGUGACGAAGGUGGACAUGGACUCUGGUGGGCCCAUGCUGCACAAGGUGUCGGUUGGAGACGUAUUGACGUGGAUUGGGCCCAUGGAGAUCAGCGGGUCCUCUUUUCACUCGUCGAUGGCGACAUUGCGUGCUGUCAAGCGGCCUGUUGUGCUGCGCUUUUACAAACGUCGAACAUGA